CAUACUUCACAGAAGGCAGUCUUUUAGGGAUAAUAGCCAACUAAGAAUCAGAAAGGGCGGUGCCAUCGAGAAAAACCAAUAAAACCUCAGGCAAGGACGGACCCUCCUGAAUGCUAACCAAUGGGGCUAGGGAGGCGGGGCUCUCACGGAAAGCCGCUGCCGAGGGAACUGGGGCUUGCGGGAGGGCUGCGGGGUCGGAAUCGAGCGCCUCCGGAGCCGGGAGGGGGCGCUCUUAUUGCCCCGGCCUUGCCUCCUUCCGCGCCAUGUGGCGGCGCCUGGGAGCCCUUGUGUUCGGGCCUGCCCAGAAUACUCGUCUGUGUACCAGGGCCCCCCCUGACUGCUCCUUCCUCUUCGCCUCCAUGCCCAGCCUCCCACAGUGUUGUUCUUGCAGACCUGUCUCUGGCGGUCGAGCCACUAUCUUCGCCCUGUCUUCUGGCCAGGGCAAAUGUGGUGUGGCAGUAAUUCGCACCAGUGGUCCAGCCAGUGGCCCUGCUCUCCUGGGACUCACAGCCUUGCGGGCCCUUCCACAGCCCCGGGUUGCGACACUUCGUCUGCUGCGGGAGCCUGGCUCUUCUGAACCCUUGGACAAGGGCCUCAUUCUCUGGUUCCCAGGACCCCACAGCUUUACUGGAGAGGACUGUGCUGAGUUCCAUGUCCAUGGUGGGCCAGCCGUUGUGAGUGCUGUACUGGGAGCCUUGGGCAGCCUACCAGGCCUUCGGCCAGCAGAGGCUGGAGAGUUCACCAAGCGGGCCUUCCAGAAUGGGAAACUGAGCCUGACUGAGGUGGAGGGACUGGGGGACCUGAUCCACGCGGAGACAGAAGCCCAGCGACGCCAGGCCCUAAGGCAGCUCCAGGGGGAGCUGGGCCAGCUCUGCCAAGGCUGGGGAGAGACUCUAACUACGGCCCUGGCCCACCUGGAGGCCUACAUUGAUUUCAGUGAGGACGACAAUAUCGAAGAAGGCGUGUUGGAAUGGGUGGACAAUACUGUGCAGGGGCUCCGGGAAGCCCUCCUGGCCCACCUAGAAGAUGCCCGUAGGGGACAGCGGCUCCGGACAGGGGCCCACGUGGUUAUUGCUGGCCCAGCCAACGCCGGCAAGAGCAGCCUCAUCAACCUGCUGAGUCGGAGACCUGUCGCCAUUGUGUCACCCGAGCCGGGCACCACGAGGGAUGUGGUGGAGUCGGCUGUGGACAUCGGGGGUUUCCCAGCCUUGCUGAGUGACACGGCGGGGCUCCGGGACAGCCCCGACCUGGUGGAGCAGGAGGGUGUCCGGCGGGCCCGGGAUAGGCUGACUGAAGCUGACAUCGUGCUAGCUCUGCUAGAUGCCACAGACUUGGCCUCGGCCUCCAGCCGCCACUUCCUGGAGACAGUGGUGACUCCUGGGGGACCCUCCACCCCUGGCCGGCGCAUCCUGCUGGUGCUUAACAAGGCUGACCUGCUGCCAAAGGGGAGGCGGUUUGGGGGGCCUGCCCUGCCCCCCCACCUCCUGCUGUCCUGCAAGACUGAGGCCGGCCUGGAGGCAGUACUGGCCUCCUUGAAGAGGGAGCUGGCUGCUGUAUGCGGCAAUCCAACUGUUGGGCCGCCGAUCCUGACCCGGGCCCGCCACCGUCACCACCUCCAGAGCUGCUGCGAAGCCCUGGCCCGCUAUGAGCAAAGCAGGGCCCGGGACCUGGCACUGGCUGCCGAGGAGCUGAGGGCUGCCCGCAGGCACCUGGGCCACCUGAUGGGGCAGGCUAGGGCCGAGGACAUCCUGGAUGUCAUUUUCAGGGACUUCUGCAUUGGCAAGUGAGGACUGGGGGGCUGCACGUGGGCCCCCAGAGGCUCAGGAAGGAUUCUCAGGGGCAGCGACAGGCCUGGAGCUCUGAGUCUGUUGAAGAAGCGAGUAGACAGCCACUCUGCCCAGCCAGGCCCGAUCUCUGUGUCUAAUGUACCUUCUCUCAUAGUCUGGGGCCUGGGCCCAUCCUCUCCCCAGGAAGACGAGCCCAGCAUCAUCCCCAGGGGAAGGGGGGACAGUGGAUCUCAGUUGGAGAAGAUCUUGACAAGGUCGAAGGAGGUGUCGCAGGCAUUCCCCCCCUGUGUAGGGGAAUUCUCUUCCUGUGCCUGACAUUAAAUAGGAUUUUACAAAAGAAAGUUUAUUGAUAUCCUUUGUCCCAUAUCACCUACAUUUCCCAGUAUAUCUAUCCUCCAGCUCCUCCCAGAGCGCCAUCCCUUUAAUAAAGAAAAAAAAAAAGCAGACUGGGGUAUUCUACAGCCAUGCCCCCCCCCCUUCUGCAGGCCAGCCUCUAUCAGAUAAAGAGCCCUUUGGGAAGGAGGGUCAUGGAAAGGGAAGAGAACACAGAAUCCUGGACCCCAGGGAGCCUCUGGGCCGUCCCCUGGCCCACUCUUUGUUCAUCAUUAAGGGUCCUUUUCCUGGACUGGGUGAGCUCAUCUGGGGCCUGGCUUCCUGCUCCAGAGAGGAGAAUGCUGCCCCACCCCCAGGACCUUUCUCAGUCUGGGGCUCUCAGCCUUUUUGGUGUCUUGGGCCCUUUUGGUAUCUUGGGGAAGCCUGUGGACCCCUCAGAAUGGUGUUGUUAAAUGCAUAAAAUAAGGGGGGUGGAGAGAGAAGGGAAUGUGUGUUUAUGUAGCUUCUACUGUGUACCAGUGCUAAGUGCUUUACAAAUACCUCAUUUGAUCUUCACAAUAGCCCUACAAGGUAGGUGCUGUUAUCUCUUUUACAGUUGGGGAAACCGAGGCAGUGGUUGAAUGACUUGCCCAGGGUCACAUAGCCAGUAUCUGAGGCCAGAUUUAAAUACAUAAGAUUAAGUAUUUUAAGUGAAUGUUAAUAAAUAAACAUUUUAAAAUAUAGGAUUACCAAGGAAACCAAUUCUAUUGAAAUAUGAAAUUUUUUUUUUUUAAAAAGCUUCAAGGAAUCCAGGUUGAGGAUCCUUCUUGAAUCAGAGAAUCUGAAUUGGACGAGAUGGCAAAAGUUCAUCUCAAAGAGAAAUCAUCAAAGCUAUCUAUAGCCAUAUGGGAAAAAAAUGGUCUAACUCACUAUUGAUUAGAAUGAUGCAAUUCUGGGGUACUACCUCAUACCUAUUGGACUGGAUAAUAGGACAACAGAGAAAAAUGAU